UCUCUCUCUCUCUCUCUCUCUCUGCAACUCCCCAAUGUCUAUCCAUACCCAAACUCACUCCCUUCCCUGACCUCUCUCUCCAGAUGGGCAAAGCCUCCAGAUGGUUCCGCAGCGUCCUCGGCCUCAAAAAGCCCGACAAACCCCCCACCUCCUCUUCCUCCCCGAAACCGCCGCCCGUCAAACGCCGAUGGAGCUUCGUCAAGUCCUACCGAGAAAAAGACAAUCAUAACCACCGAAAUGAGACAGCACCCGACGUGUCUUCCGCAGACAACUUCGUCGUUGAUCCCAACAAACACGCGAUCGCCGUGGCCGCCGCGACAGCCGCCGUUGCCGAGGCCGCUGUCGCCGCCGCACAAGCUGCCCGAGCCGUCGUCCGCCUCACCAGCAGCGGACGCAGCGCCAACAACAACGACCACGCCGCCGCGUCGUACGUCAGCGGCGGUGGAGGAAGCAUUGGGAUUCGCGAGGAGUGGGCCGCUGUGAAAAUCCAAGCGGCGUUCCGAGGCUGUUUGGCGAGGAGAGCAUUGCGUGCCUUAAAAGGACUGGUGAGGCUUCAAGCACUGGUUAGAGGUCAUAUAGAGAGGAAGAAGUGGGCUAAGCGAUUCCAGCGAUUUCAAGCAAUAUUGAGAGCUCAGGCUAGAGCUCGUGCAGGGAGAGCUCGGAUUUCCGAGCUUUCAUAUUCACAUUCAAGUUCCCAAUCUUCUCAGAUUCACCAACCUGGUCCUGCUACCCCUGAAAAAUGUGAACAAGGACUUCAAUCCAGGAGUAAGAAACAUGAACAUUCAUCAAUUCUUCGGAGAAAUAGCUCAAGAUCAACUGGUAGAAUUAUUGGUGAUCAUGACCGAGCCCACUCAGAUAGAUCAUGGGAGCAACCUGGGUCUGCAGUGAAAAAUGGCACUCCUGAGGAUGAGAAGAACGAUAAGGUCCUUGAAAUUGAUACUGGGAAACCCCAUAUUGCAGCCAAGCGGAGAAACCUCUUCCAGUCUGCUUUUGCUUCAGAUCAAUACAGCCAUAGCUUUACUACAUCAAAGGACUCAACAAGCCAUCAGACACUUCCAAGUUCAUCUUCUUGUGAAGUUCAAUCAUUAACCCCUUUGAACUUUGUGGUUGAGGAAGAUGCUUUCUGCACUGCUAACAACAGCCCACAGUUUUAUUCUGCUUCUUCAUCGAGGGGUGAUAAUUCAAAGAGAAGCCCUUUCACUCCAACAAAGAGCGAUGGCUUGAAAAGUUACGUAAGUGGGUACUCAGAUUACCCGAACUAUAUGGCCUGCACUCAAUCUUCAAAAGCUAAGCUGAGGUCACUUAGCGCCCCGAAGCAGAGGCUUCAGUAUGAGAGGUCUAGUUCAGCAAAAAGGUACUCUAUUCAUGGCUUUGGCGAGGUAUCAAGAUCAAAUGCUCAAAGGAGUUCAGCCUUGCAUUCAAACUUCGCAAAUAAAGCCUACCCGGGAUCUGGCCGCUUGGACAAGCUUGGCAUGCCUAUAGGUUAUAGAUACUAAUAUGCUGUUGUUGGAGAGGUACUCUAGGUGCCUCCAUUGUAGUUUUGAUUCUAAUCUGGCUAACUGAUGUAUUUAAGUACUCUAUUCUACAAAUAGCAACGUUAAGAGACUCUAUUAGUGAUAGGGUGUAUAUUUGUAUCUCAGGUUUAGAACUCAAACUGUUCCAUCCUUAGAAUGUAUUUCUUUUCAAAGUUCGUAACUUUCUCAGUAGCAGCAGCUCAAAUUAUUGGCUGUCAAAAGAAAUUAACUUGCCAUAAAAUUAUGGA